CUGGAGGAGGUAAGGGUGGGCCUGGUACCGCCGGUGGCGCUGGUUAAGCUCCAGCUUCUGCAAAUGAUUCGAGUUCUAUCAAAAAUCCCUUGACAAUUUCAGCUGGAGGAGGUCAGGGUGGACCUGGUCCUACCGGUGGCGCUGGUU